UGCCGUUUUCGGCUACAAAAACUUUUAGUUCCUUGCAAAUUUGCAAUGCCCGAGACUUCAUUGCCCUUUCACUUCGCCUGAAAUUUCCGUUGCCCUCGAUCUCUCCUUCCUGUUUCUCUUUCUGUAUCUGCUGUGUUCGUGAGCGAGGCAUUCCAAUGGAUCGAGCUCAGUUGCUUCUGUUGGGGCUUCCGAUCUUCCUGUUGUGUACAGACAUCAUAAACCUCUUCACGCCCCCACCUCCCAAACCCACCCAUCAUCAUCAUCAUCUUCCUCAAUCUCAUCACCAGCCCAAACCCCAACCGGUUCUCCACCAUCAACCCCUUGAUUUCCCAACUCAGAAACCGAGCAGCCCUGGAGGUAUUGGCCUGGGUAGCAACGUCAACAUCAACUUCUGCUCUUCCUGUUCUUACAGAGGAAAUGCAGUAACAAUGAAAAAUAUGCUAGAAACAGCAUUUCCUGGGAUCAAUGUUUUUCUAGCAAACCACCCACCUCCACUUCCAAAACGCCUAUUAAGCAAAGUGGUACCGGUUUUUCAGUUUGGAAUCAUUGGGAUAAUAGUGGCAGGUGAACAGAUUUUUCCCAGGCUGGGUAUGAUGCCACCUCCUUGGUACUAUUCCAUGCGUGCAAAUAGAUUUGGAAGCAUUGCAAGCACUUGGCUUCUGGGGAACUUCUUCCAAUCCUUCCUGCAGAGUUCUGGUGCUUUUGAAGUAUAUUGUAAUGGUGAACUGGUUUUCUCUAAGCUGCAGGAGCAUAGAUUCCCUAGCGAGAUUGAGCUGCGAGAGCUUGUUGGCCGAAAACUCUCAAAUUCAAGAAUUGUGGAUGGCGUUGGUGGGGCUCUCUGGUCCUAAGCGCUCUGUGAAGGCUGAACUAAGAGGCGCAAAUUUGCAGUCCUAUACUGACAGGCACUUGUGGGCAUGUUGUCACAGUGAACUCUCAGUCUUUGUAACGUUUCUCAUAAUCAUGUGGCGGUUAAUUGGGACACCCUACACAAGAGAUGAUGAUUUUCUUUUCUUUUCCUCUUAGAAGAAUCUGCUUCCGGUCAUCAUUAAGGCAAGGCAAUUCAUUUACGUUAA